AUGGGUUUUCGCAGGAUUUUGGUUCUGUCUUGUCUUUUGCUGUACUUUGUUAAUUUUGCCAGUGGCGGUCAUAUAGGCGACUGUCCGAACAGAAACAGAACCUCAGCAAGGGGGGUUGGGCGGCGUUGUAGAAAACAGUGUCGGCCAGGUGAUACGAGAUGCAGAGGCGGAAAAGUUUGCCUGUGUGACCACGAAUGUGGCUAUUCCUGUAUAAAGUUGGAUAACUUUUGCCCCCAUCCUCCUACACUUCUAAACUCCACAAGUAUUAACAUAACACGUACCAAUGCGUCAGGCAUAGUCCAAGCAGAAGCGCCAUACCGUUACAAUGACCGUGCAAGAUAUAUAUGCGAUGCAGGCUUUACAUUAGUACAAGAUGGUAACCAUAUGUGCCAUGGUAGAAGGGGAUGGACAGGCACUUCUAUAUGUGCACGUAAUUGUGGGCAGUAUGAUCCAGUGCUUGUAAGACGUAGAGGUAUGGUGUGUGGAACAGAAUGUCAUGUGGAUUCACAAUGCAGCAAUGGUUUACAAUGCUUAUGUGAUGGUGCUUGUGGACUCAGGUGUGCCAAUUCAAGCAAUGACUGUGGUGAAGCCCCUCAAGUGAGAAAUGCGACACUACAGUACACAGGAGAAGGGUUAGGUCGUGUAGCAAACUACAUCUGCGAUAGUGGCUUCUACAGAUCAAGUGGAAGCUAUGCUAGGAGAUGCACAGUUGCUGGCACUUGGGAUGGAACUUCUCCUACUUGCACAAGAGUUGAGUGCCCGGACCCAAGUGAAGCAAUUGGAAUGACAGACGGAUAUAUAGCAGACUGGGUUGGAGGUCCUUACUACCCUGGCCAACAGUUUACAUUUGAAUGUCCAUCGGGAUACAGGUUAAUUGGAUCCCCUGUAAGAAGUUGUCAAACUAAUGGUCGUUGGAGUGGCGUGCCAAAUGCUUGUGACAGGCAGCGCCGAACUGGUGAAGUCAGAUGCUCCCAUCCUGGAAUUCCUGUCAACGGGGAAUUAUUUUCUGGCGGGCGUGGACGUAAUCGUUUUAGUGUGGGCAGUACGGUUACCUUCAGAUGCCAUGGAAGAUACAUACUGGUAGGCCAAGCUGUGCAAACAUGCAUGCGUUUCUUACAAUGGGAUGGACAAGGGGCACCUCAAUGUAUUGAUCCAAUUUACCCAGACGACCCACGGGAAGCUGCUCAAAGGUUGAGCGAAAAUACAAAUCGUAUAAGUGUGCAUAUGAGUACACCAAGCUCUGGAGUUGGUGGGCGAUCCAUCACAGCUGAUCAUGAGGGUGGAAAUGAAAUUUAUUUUCUGAUUGAUUUUUCACGAAGUGUAACUGACGAAGCGCUUGAUCACUCACUCAAAUUUGCACAGAAGCUUGUCACAAGGUUUGCUGGGGGAACAAAUAAAACGGCACAUUACGGGGUAAUUAUUUUUGCCUCUGAACCCAAAGUUGAACUCAACAGUAGGAUUAAUAGACAACUGAACUCAACUCAAAUUAUUCAAUAUUUUAUACGAAUUUCUCAAAAAAAGCAGGAAAUACGACAGACAGUUGGUGGGGGAACCAACACUGGAGCUGCCUUGAACGUCUUAAGAGGAAUGUUGGGUAUUUCUUACCAGACUGACAGAAUCAACAAUGGAGGCAACAACAGACAAAGGCACUGCUUUAUUCUGACUGACGGUAUUGUAAAUAUAAUAAGAUUCCAGCCAAAUCCACCCCAGUUUUACAGCAUAACUUCUUGUACUACAUGCCGCGGAAACACACCAGAUGCAAGAGCAGAGUACACACAACUGUUAGGCCUUGCUGGAGGGAAACUAGAAAACUUUGUGCAAAUUGAAAACUUCUAUCUGCUGGAACAAUACAUUGACCGAGUAAUUGAUGUUCGCAUAGACUAUGGAAAAUGUGGACAAGCAGGUGACAUAGGAAGUAUAAAAACAAGAGCUCGCUUUGGUAGAGUGCUUAACGGAGAAACAGCUGUUGAUAAAGCUUGGCCAUGGCAAGGAGUUUUUACAAAAAAAGUUAAUGGCGGAAAUUUUCAGCAAAUAUUAAAAAGCUAUUCUACAAGCAACUUCCUUGGUGGUGGUUCUCUUAUUAACAACCAAUGGGUUUUAACUGCAGCUCAUUUAUUCGCAAAAUAUGAUGAAGGAAAUGCUGCAUGGCAACGAAAUUUUCGUGUUACUUUUGGUUUAUACAAUCGCCCGAUUACACGCAGUCAUUAUCGAAACAGACUGGAUCCUACCAUGGUGGUGUACAAUACAGAAAAAAUAAUAUAUCAUCCAGAUUUUGAUGAUAUAUCCCUAGACAAUGAUACACUGGUUAAACUUGGCCAGCAAGUAAAACUAGACCCCACAAAGACAAGAUGGAUAAAUGUUCCCAACACAUUUGGUUGGGUCAAUUUCACAGAUUACAUCAGACCUGUAUGUUUACCUUGCAUGCCAAACAAUUGCUUGAACAGUUAUUUGAGAACUAAAGGAAGAAUUCCAGCCAAUUCAAAUCAACAGCAAAUCUGUGACAUUGAAACCGCAGCAGUUUUGGAUGUGUCAAACAGCCAGAAUAUUGCAGUCGUAACCGGUUUUGGGCAUGAAAAUGAGAGAUCUGACAAUGACCUAAAAUUGAAUGCUUCUGCGACUUUAAAGCAAGGAGUUCUUAAGCUUAUGCCACAUGCAACGUGUCGAGACUUUACUAAUCAAUGGGGGACCGACCUCACACAACGAAUGGUUUGUGCGCCAAGUGCAAAUGAUACAGUUGGUAUAGAUGCAUGUCGAGGGGACAGUGGUGGACCUUUAAUAAGAGAGUUAUAUGAUGAGAACACAAGAAAAAGCUGUUGGAUUCAAAUGGGUAUAGUAAGCUGGGGAUAUGGGUGUGGUAAGAAGACCACGGUAAAUGGAGUAAACAGUUUCAGGCCUGGAAUUUUUACCAAGCUGCCUUUGUUUAUGGCAUGGGUGAACCAAACCAUGGAAGCUAACUAA